AUGGCGACUGACACUGUCAAGUUCACAGUGGAAGAGUCAGGAAGACUUGUCCACAAUAGUGCAGUCCUUGUCGGACUCUUGGCCGAGGAAGCUGAGCAAUUCGCUCACUUUCAAAAGCGAGUGUCAACUAUCAUGUCCAAGCUCUCCUCCGACGCCAUACACCGCCAACCCGAGUACAUUGACGAAGCCCACAUCGACCUCGCCAAGCUCAGGCUCUGGGUAGAAGGUCAAAAAGAAUUCAAGACCUUGGCCGGAAACUACCUGGAUGCAGCCAAGUUGCUCAUUGGUCCUCCGCUCCCGGAAGCCAAGCCAGCAGAAGACGGAGAAUUGAAAGGAGAGGAGGCGUGCGCUCUUGCCACGUCCAAUGUUAGUGGCAUUGGUAAUGGGAUCAAAGAUGCCGCAGGCCCAGGCUCAUUCGCAGACAAAAAGGGCAAGUUCUUUGCAAGAGCUGAAGAGCUGCUUGCCGAGCUUGCGAUAUUGGUGAAGAAAAUGCGGUCCAUCAUGUAUGAGGAAAAUGAGGAUGCUGCUGUUAACGGUACCGCUGCGAUUGGUGCUGCUAUGAAUGGUACUACUUCUGCUGGCGCCGCUGCUGAGGCUAUCACUGCUGAGGGAACCACUGCUGACGCUGCCACUGCUGAGGCCACCGCCGCUGAUACUACCGCCGCUUAUGCCCCCAUCACUUGA